AUGGAGCACAAAGAUGAUGAUGAUGAUGAUGAAUCUUUUGCCAAAUGGAUGAGCAGCUUCUGGGGUCACAGCUGGACAGAGGUUGAUGAGAGAAAACUCCAGGAACGUCACCGAUCACUAGCCACCAGUUUCAGGAAAACCUCCCUGCCCUGCCCAAUUUUCAUGCUUUAUUACCAUUUUCCCCAGCUUCCCAAAAUUACAUCAUCUGACCACCAUCCUAGAAGGCAUUCUCAUGAGGACCAGGAAUUCCAACGUCGUACCCACAUGAGGAAUUACAGAAAAUGCUCAGGAGAUGAAUCGUUAAAGGAGCCACUGGAAUCAAAAGGAAGAUCCCAUUCAAAAAUUCAGGGAUUUUCAGAGUCCUUUGAACAGCAACUGUGCUUUAGAACCAAAUGCUCUGUCUCUUUGAAAUCUGACAGCAGAAAGGAGAGAGAUGAAAGAGAAAGCCUGGGAUUGGAGAUAAGAACCUGUAAGAAAGUGGAGGAAAGAAGAGACUCUAGGAAGGAAGAACAUGGAGAAGCAUGCAUGCGCCCCCUGGUUGAGAAAGGGCCCAAAUAG